GUUCUGGGCAACUUCAUCAACAUUAAGGUUAGUUUUGUUUCGUGAAAAAUCAUAAACGGUGCUCGGUACAACGAUAGUACAGUAUGGAGCUGCAGCUUCAACUGCAGAAGGCGUCUUGCGCUGGCAGCAAGAGGUCCUUUCGCUCGUCCGGUGACUCCUUUGUCUUGGAGCAUAGCAUGAUUCUCACUAACGUCGCUUUGCGUCCGAGAAGUGGUGCGCAUGUAACAGCCCGAGGUGACAGCGCACCCACCGUGCUGUGUGCGACAAGAAGGUCCUGCCCAUAUCCACCGGAUCUGGAGCAGGAUGCAGAUGCGCAGCAGAUGGACGUCGGAACCUGCUCCAAUGGGCUGUUCUACUCCCGAAGCAGUACUACUAGUACAACCACGGGGCCUUGUUUGGAUGUCGGUGCCACUGCAACAGCAUCUUCUUCGUGUGGUAAAAAGACUCGCCGUCCAGCAGCAGCUGUGAUCAAGAGCGCCAGAAGCGGUGGAAAAGUUCGUUCCCCCGGGGGAAGUUCUACAAGAGCCACAACAUGUGUAGGAACAAGAGGACCACAUGAUCUUCACGUAGGGGCACUUCUACAGCACGCGCAAGAACUGCAACCGUCGAGGAAAACGUCAUCUGCCACGACUGCCUCUUCACGGCGACCGGGUGGGAAAGUUUCUUUUUCCACCGGGGCGAAAAGACUGAUAACAAGCAGAAGGUCGUUGUUCUUGUUCCACAUUUUUGCAACAGGCGGAGCUGCUGUGGCCAGAAGCGUGGAGGUGCUGACAGGGACCACAAGCAAGAUGUUGCUCAUGUCCUCGCUCUCGCCGUGGUCCUCGUCCACCGUGCUGCCCGUAGGAGCGAGUUAUCCAUCCGAACCAGAGCAGGAACUGCAGCCGUGGCUGACGUACUUCGAAACGAGCGAUCCAGACUGCUGGAGCAAAAACAAGCUGAUCGACUGGGAGCUCUACCGACGGCAAAUCUUCGAUGCCAUCAAGGACGUGCACGACCUGCGCUUGUUGCGCCUGCCGUCGGACUUCCAGAAAAACUGGAUUUUCGUGCUGAAAAACUUCUCCCUGGCGCUGCAGGAGUGUCCGCUGGGCACCAUCGCGUCCUCGACGCUGGCCGCCGCCUGGCAGCAGAAUCGGUGAUAUCCUGUGGAAAAACGUGCCUACACAAACCAACAAGGUUCGGCUGUCGCGCAUGAAAGCUACCUACAUUGGGGUCGCAGUUGUGUAAAAAUCUUGUUUAGCUAGGCGGGUAGCUCUAGGUCUAGCUGUGCCACACAUCGACCGCUCCAUGAAGAUCCUGCGGCUAGCAUGGCAAACUCCCGAAUAGUAGCAUGAGAAAGCACUUCGCAUGUUGUGGCUGCGCCUGUUGAGACACAUUCCAGUCAAGGCGAGUAGCGUGACAAACCUGGGGUGGGGACGUUUUUACUCAGGAUGGGCAGCCGGUCGAGGCGAAUCUGGUGGAAGAAUUUCCCCUGUACUUCCUGCAGACCCCCUACGAAAGUGCACGACAACCACUCCCCUUCGUUCUCAUUUCUCAUGCAAAACACCAACUCCAUCUCCACAGCUUCCCUCCUGUCACUAUCAUGCAUGACAGGUUCUCGUACUCGUUGCAACAUCUUCCCAAGUAGCACUACACUCCUGCGCAAAUUUGUCAUGCGAAACUUGCAUAAAUUUAAAUAUCUAGCAUUCUUCUUGCCGACGCUUGUGUUGCUGUUCAUCAUGUUUCACAAACUUAGGCGAGAAGUUGCAGUUGUGCACUCUCAUACCCUUAUCCUGGAGCUAGUCGGCCGCGACGUGGUGGAGCUGCUCCGUUUGGUGAAUUUCCGUGUCUUGAUCACGACCGAGUGGCCCCUGUUCAAGAUUUUGUGCCACCUGAACUUUUAUCAACUGUAAAAAUGUCUGGGUCUGGAAGGAUUCAACUUGUCAUGCUGAUUUUGGAUCCUAAAAAAAUCUGUAUUGCAUGAGCAGCAAAGAGAGUCCAAGUUUUGCUACACGGAAAGAGCAUUUGUCCUGCGGUAUAGGCAUCAGGAAGCCCUCACAAAAUCUGUGAUGCUAGGGCAUGCAUCACAGACAUCAGGAGUCAUGCAAAAUGUGCAUGACAAACCUGGCAAUCUUCCAGUCCCAGACAUUUUUACAUUUGAUAACUUUGACCAGGCCCUGCAGGCGUUGGACGAGAACAACGGCCCGCAGCAGUGCGGCGAGCUCAGCGUGUCUGGGUAUCCGAGCCAGUUUAUCCUCGACACUAUCAGGAGCAAAAACGUCUCCAUCCCACUCCCAGAGUUGUCAUGCAAGUUUGCUGUUGCAGGAAUGGAAUGGAACAUUUGUAGUGUUGUAAACAGGAUAAGGAGACGGCUCUGUGAUGCGGCGGUGCUUGCUAAACUGCACCAUAAAACAAAGAGGAGCUUGUCAACAAGCGUGACAACUCCCGAAACUUCUUGAUUUGUGUCGCUAAGAUCCCAACUUGUGACUCUGGGGUGGGGAGCGACGGUUUUGCUCAGGAUGGACGCGAUCAAUUCCUUCACGUCUUACGCUGAGAACAAGGGACUGCAAGCGGCCAAGUUUCUAUCGUAAGAAAAAACUGCUUCACUGUAAAGAUUUUGCAAGUUUUACAUUACAAGUUCACUACACAUUACAACGAAAACUUGCCAUGCGAGGAUCCUAAGGGAAAACACCGCUAAAAAUCACUUGUCUUGCAUGUGGAGCAAGACAAACACUUCAAUGAUGCAUUUUCUGCAUUACGGGUUUACAGUGAAACAGUUUUUUCUUGCGAUAGUUUCUGAAGGAGCUAGAUCCCAUGAUCUACGGCAUCAUGAAGGACCCCCGGGAGUUCGGCACCGUUUUCCUCACAUCCUGCCCCUCCGGCGCCCUCAGCAUCGCGACCGUGAGCUGCAUAUCCACAGUACUUGAAACGCCCCCACGAGCGGAAAGUGACUAUCAUGGGGACUACUACCUUGCUAGUUAGUGCACAAGUCAACCAGUUUCAAUAUUGGCCGUGAUGCAUCAUGAUGACGAGCUUGGGCUGCUCGCAGUGCAAGUAGUCGCGUUCAGCUAGUGUAGCCUCGUCAGAAAUCGAGCGCCUUAUCUUCGUGAUCGUGAUAGCAUGCCCAUGCGCUUGACAUCGAGUUCCAAAACAUAUUUUACCAUUAUUUAGAGGAUGCUCCGCAUAGUUGGAUUGGGCAUGCAAAUUUGCAAUGAGAAACGCUGGGCGGCGGGGACGUUUUUCCAUAGGAUACUGCAUUCUUGCCCUGAUGGCUUCGCCGGUGCUAUUCGAAAAAUUCGAGCGGAUCGUUCAGAUGUUGUUCGACGUGCAGAUGGGAUACGCAAGAAAACAAAUCUACCGUGCAACCACACGACGGGCAAAAUGCAUCUUCACAAAGAGCCCGAAACAUGAUUGAGACUUGUCAUGCAGAAUGUGUUGACUGCAACUGCAACUGCUCGUGACGGGGAAGAGCGAAAAGCUUGUUUGGCAUGCAAUGUGAAAUAAAACGAAUGCCAGCAUCAUGAUAGAUCAUUCGUGCCCGUCAUGGUCUACGGUAAUCUCAGAGUUUUUCAAGUGGAUGCGAAGGUUCUGAUCCAGAAGGAGACCCAAGACUGGAAGGUCUUCUGCAUGAUGCACGCCUUGGGAAUAUCCCGUGUAAAAACGUCCCCACACCACAGUUGUCAUGCAAUUCUGCAUGCCAAAAGGAAAAGCCAAAAAAGUUUCUCAUGCGGAGCCCUAUAAUGAGAAGCAUUUUCUAGUCGUGUUUUGGUAUUUGUAAUGCUAGAAUCAGCACGCUAUGCUAGAUCUGUGAUGCUUCUGCACUAGCUAAACAGGAUUACACUACGAGGACAAAUUUGUCAUGCCAAACAACCAAAGCUGGUUGAUUUGUCUAGCAGAUUUCGCAUUUUGACUAUGGUGUGGGGACGUUUUUAAUCAGGAUAGGGAACGUUCCGGCUGCGGUCCUUCGACCUGGGCUUCCACUUCGAGGAACUGGUCCUGGAGAAAACGCCCAUUUUUUCGUCUUUCACGCUGCCGCCCUUAGCCGGUACUAACACGGGUGGAACAAGAACAUCGGCGCUGCAAUUCCGCGUUUCUAGUGCGGAAAACUGCACUCACAGUUGGGUUGUCAGUCCGGGAGGUUUAUUUCCUAUUGAGCCUGAUGCAACUACAAUCACAGAUGUGACCAAAAUUCCCGUCCUGCGGUCGGGCGCCGAGUUUGACACACUCGGGAAGCAGCGGGACUUGAGUGCGUUAUUGGACGCCCGCGUGAAGUUUGUGGACGUGAUAUUGCGAAGAAAAAUCCCCCCUCUCCAUAUUGAAAAGGUAUGUUUCUAAAAAUUUGUGAUGCUGAUUUGUGACCACAAAUCCUGUCUCUCUUGCAAGAAGGCAACUCCAAAGAAUCUGCCGCCUUAUGGAGGCGAUUUGUAAGGCCGUUUCACCUGCUACAUGGCAGGCCUCUGCUAUGCUAAGCGCCUACAACAAAACACCCCUACGCAGACUGAGGCUUUGCCUGUAGUGCCUCACUGCAAGACAGGUUUGUGUACACAAAUCCAGCAACAGGAGUUUCCGUUUCAAUAUGGGGAGGGGGGAUUUUUCCUCUCAAUACAUGACCAACCCGGGCCGCAAAUUCUCGACCGGUGCAGACGCGAAAACGCCCGAGAAUCGGCUGUUGCCUGCCCUGCCACAGAACUACGAUUUGUACAAGUGGGUCAAGGAGGCGCUGCUGCCCUUGUUUGAUGUUCCGGGACCGGGAAAAAUGGAAAGUCAAAGUACUGAUUUUAGUACUUCUAACCCCUACGUUUACCUGUCCGCGGUGGGCGGGAAAAUGAUGCAGCCGUACGUGAGCGGCUUCGUGUAUGGCGCUCUCAAACGUUACAUUCUCAACUGUUAAGUACACGAAUCUGUGAUGCAAGAACAGCAAAAAUGAAAGAAAAGUGGGAAGUGUGCGCCAGUUUCCAUCACAAAUUUGGAACGGAUUGUCAUGCUGCUUGGCCCGCCUUCGACAGUUUGUCAUGCGAAGCACCUUGAUCGUGUGGAGGCUGGUGGCAAUUUUGCAUGACAAAACCACGCAACAGUUGAGGGUGUAACGUUUGACAACGCAAUAUCGUGCGCCGGUUUUUUUUGGAGUUGAAGUUGAAGGGGCUGAUUCUAGCCUGUCUGGACGAAGACGGGUUGGCGGCCUGUCAGGCGGAAAAGAGGAGGUACUAUACCACUGCUUGCUUUUUUUUUCCGAUUCCACUCUUGGUUUUUGUGAUUCGUCAGCUCUCCCUCGUUGGCAAGCGAGCCUCCUGCACGAAGAUGCAAGUGGCGAGGAGAAUAAACUGCAUAAAGUUCUUGAUGAUGUACACAACGAAUUUUGAAGUUUUUUUUUAUUGUAUGAUGUUGCGUCAUGAUGCAUAUGCUUCAAAAACAAAAUUCCAACAAACACAUCAAAGUAACUCCUUCAGAUUCUCCUCCGCGUCCGGCGCGACAACUGCCGAAGACCCGUAUGCCACUUUUCUUUGUCUGGACUCGCAACAAGGGCACGUGAUUUACAACAAGCAUCGGUGGAUACCGGUUUUGCUCAGCAUGAAUCUGUACGCAUUUUUGCAAAUAUGUCUGGGUCGGGAAGAGUCAACAUUGCAAGGUUUCUGGCCAUGCUUGCCUGCAGUGACUUUGAGCUCGGUGAUUUGCCGUCGUGGGCGCAAAAAGAUAUUCUUGCCUGUCAUGCACAAACGCCGUCUGACUUGCGGAAUUCUGAUUCGCAAGAACACAUACAUAGCAGCUCGUCAACGACAAAACAUUGCUGCGCUCCUUCGUUGCGCCUUACAUGGCGCCGCCCACAAUUCGUCACAGACUAGCAUUUUACGACUUGUUUCCAGACUCAGAUGAAAUAUUUCCAGUGCAUAAUCUGGAUGUCCUUUGGCUAGACUUCGAUAUCUACCUGUUUCAAGACCCCGUGAAGCACAUCAAAACCCUGGUGCCCGAUCCGGAGCUCAAGGGCGUGCUGGACUUCGAAAAGAAAAAGCGGAGGAACCUACCACUGACCUUUGCAAACGUGCCCGAGACGUCGCAUCACCCGGACGAGCCGAUCGGGUUUGAUACCGAUUCGGUGGAAGAUAUCACGAGAUGAACCCAGGUUGGAAAUCGUCAGAAGUGAAAUAAUCUGUCAUGCUCGACCCAGGGUUUCUAGUCGGCGCAACGUGACAAAUUUUCCUGACGCCAUAAAGCGGAUCUGCCAAUAAUGCCGCUUAGGGCAAAGAAGUGUCCUCAUGUCAUGCAAGUCAUCACCUCCUGUUCAGUUCCUGCUGCUGCCCUUCUCUUGACCUCAGUACAACUACUUAAUCAGGACUACUUACAAGAAUCCUCCGCCUCCCUUGCUCUCUCUACUGCCGCAAUACUUACACGCACUUCUUUCGUCGCGUUUGAUGCAGAUCGCAGACUAUUUAUUCCCUUUUGCGGCGAGUAUCCAACCUGAAGACGCUCCUUCCAUAGAGGACCUGGACAAACCGGUGGAGGUGCGGCCCCGCAGCCCCGAUCUGGAGAAGCAGUAUUCGCGGGCCAAUGUGAAGAAGAUUUACCGCGAAAUUCGGUCCGCACCGCAGUACGUGCCCCUCAGGGAUCCGGCCACGGACGCCACCGGAGGAGUGACUAGUACCUGGUCCUCGUGGGCCUCGCAAGCAGUGCAGGAAAAAGGACCCUCGUCGUCCGAGCUGCUCCCGGAUAUCUAUGUCACCGAGCACUACGACGCUCUGUGCCUCAACUCUGGCGUCUUUUUCGUCCGCAGCAAUGCCAAAACGCUGGAAUUUUUUCUGGAAUUCCUGCGCUGGCAGUACGAGCACGUGUUUGCCGAUAAUCAGAACGGGUUUGACGCCUUUCUGAGGCACUCCUGCGCCGACAGCUACGUGCCAGCAAAACUUCCGGCCAUAACGUACUUACUUAUUUACAGAUCGAUACAUAGUGAAGAUGUUGCAGGAGCCUUCCUAGAUGACAUGAUCGUGCUGCUCGAUAUUUUAGCUUGUUUUGUCGUGUAGAAAGAAAUUGACCGUACUAUCGCACUUUUGAAUGGAUGUAGCCAUGUUAAUGUAAUGUAGAUGUACAUAUUAAUGCAAAUAAAAUUUAGGUACGGUCUUCUGGACGUCGAGCAGAGCUACUUGUGUGCCGAGGGUUGGCACGGUCCAUCGGUGGAAAAAGCGAUUCUGUUCCACUUUUGGACCUCGGACUUCGACCACAAAAACAAGCGGCGGGACGGCAGUCCCAUUCGGAUGAAGAAGAAGCACUAUUUCGAUCUCUUCUACCCCACCGAGGGCGGUGCGCGGGACGAGGCGGAAGUUGUGAGUUUGCUAGAAGAUCUCCGCUACCAAGUGCAAAUGAAGAUAAACUUAAGCACCUCCUCCACACUCGGCAAAGUACUGUACAACCUGCUGCAUAAUAAGUCGUAAGACAAAUAAGAACCUUCUCAUGUUUGCUUUUUCUCGAAAAAAAUGGAAAUUGCCAUUCAGAGUGUAAGGGCAGUGGGUGCGAUGUUUUUGCAGUGCAUACACGGUACCCGAGGUUUAAGAUUCUGGAGAAGUGCGCGGUAAUGACCACUGGAAUCAAUGAUUUGAUCGAGGCCACUAUCCAGGAGAAAAACUGCAACUAAUGUGAUGCAAGAGUAGGAGUACUGUAACUGUUGCAGACAUGACAUGAUUCGGCCGGAUAUCAUACGCCAGCAGAGGCCAUGUUCGCACGUGGUUCUAUUCACGCAGACGUCUAGCCGCUCUCGACAUUGACGAGUUAUUGUUGUGGCCAGGUAGAACAAACAUAAAAUUGUGAUGCCGGUGCUAGGUCAAGGUCCAGAGAACUUACGACCACCUACAAUAGUCGCACAAUAAUGUUUUUCAAUGGAUAGCCCAGGCCGGGUUGGACCCAAAAGCAGCUGCGAACAGCGGGGGUAGCGGGUCGCUGAAACCCAACCACCAGGAGUUCGAGCAGCGCCGGCGCGAGGCCGUACAGAAGUUAGAGGACCAGAAGCGGCGACAGGUAUCAAAUGCAAAAAUGUCUGGAUCUGGAAGACUGGUAGGUUUGUCAUGUGGGUUUUCCAUGACCCACACGGUGUGCCAUGCACGGCCUAGCAUGACAGGUUCUGCGAGAUCUCUAUCAUGCCGUUCCUGCAUGAGAAACUGCCUCUAAACUUGUUCAAAAGUGGACCUCUUUUAGUAAUUCCGCAACACAAAUUUUUCCACGAUCCAGAUGUGGCAUGACAAGUUACACUCUUCCAGACCCAGACAUAUUUGCAAUGCAUAACAGGGGAAGCUAAACGAGCUGAAAGCGGAGUACGGCAUUGACAUUUUGGAGAUGCAGCAGGCCAUCACCGAUCUGACCCUGCAGGUGACUACGCAAUCGGCGCAGAUUGACGUGCUUCGGCAGCAGGUGAUGGCAUUAGUGACGGGGACGCCAGUGAAGUUGUAGGACCGAAGGUGUCGAAGUCGAAGCAGCAGCAAAAUUAUUGUUCAGUUCACUUCAAUAGAGAGCGUUCUUCGAAUGACUAAAACGAUAUAAGGAAGCAGAAUGAAAUUUUCUGGAGUUUCAAACGACAGCGCAGGCCACUAAAAUUGGGAAAACCUUCUGUAAAUCAUCUCUCUGGAGGUGUACAACUAGCUUUGCCGUUCGUGUGGGCAC